CCGGGCGCUUGACGCGUCGCGUCGCGCCUUUGUCACGUGUGCGCGUCAUGCUGGAGCCCCCGACCAGCGUCCCGAAUCCCUGCUUUCCGAGGUAGGCAACGACGCCGCAUCCCCCGAGACCCGUCGGAACAACGAGCUUACCGCACGGUCGAUACAAUAAAAUGACCGCGACGUAUAGAGUCUCGGACGGUUUAGGUGCUCUUCUUCCACCGCGAUUCUCCCGCCGCGACCAACGCUAUCGUCAUCAUGAGCUCGGCCGCACCAACAAUGAAGAGCUCGUUCGAGCAGGAGAAGCACGCUACCCCUUCUUCUGGGUCACAGGAAGCCUCCAAGGAAGAGGAGGAAGUCCAGGAGGAAGUGGCGCCGCCUCCGGAUGGUGGCCUCGACGCUUGGAUGACGGUUGUUGCCACCUUCCUGGCCAGUUUCAUGGCCUUUGGUACCGGAAACGUCUGGGGUAUCUACCAAGACGCAUACACAACUAGGUCCGACUCGCGUUUUCUGGACGUGAGCCUGUUCAAGAUCGGUUUCGUCGGUGGUACUGCCGUGGGUUUCGGCUUCGCGGUUGGCCCCUUCGGCAACAUCCUUGUCGCCAAGUUUGGCAUCCGCGCCCCCAUUCUACUUGGUGUGCUCAUGAUGACUGUCGCACUUAUGCUUGCAUCCAUUGCCACCAAAUACUGGGAGCUUCUCCUCUCCCAGGGUAUUAUGUUCGGUAUCGGAAGCUCGCUGGCCUACAUUCCUGCUAUCGGCCUUCCUUCCCAAUGGUUCGACAAGCGCCGUGGUCUUGCUACCGGUAUUGCGAGCUCUGGGAGUGGUAUCGGAGCCGUCAUUCUGUCACCCAUUGUGCAAACUGCGAUCGACAACCUCGGUAUCCCCUGGGCCCUCCGCAUCGUCGGGUUCCUUUGCUUCGUUUGCGGGAUGGUCUCGCUCGCGUUACUCCGCCAGCGUGUCGCCUCCAAGAAGCAAGUCCAGUACAAGGUCUUCGAUCUCAGCGUGCUGAGGGUGCCCAUGUACCCGCUGUACCUCGUCUUCGCCUUCCUCCAGUUCUUCGGCUACGUCACACCCAUCUUCUUCAUCCCAGGCUACUGCACAGCGCUGGGCAUCUCGGGCCCGAAUACUUCCGCUGUCCUGUCUGUCACAGCUGCAGUCAACUCCAUCGGACGUGUCCUCGCGGGCAGAGUUGCGGAUCACUGGGGUGUGCUCAACGUCAUGAUUUCGUUCAACUUCCUCUCGGGUGUCAUGGUCCUUGCGGUGUGGCUCGUCGCGAAGAACCUCGGCGACAUGAUGGGUUUCGGCGUUCUCUGGGGCAUCUUCAGUGGUGCGUACUGGGCGUUGUCUGUGCCAACGUCAGCGAAGAUCGUCGGCAUGGAGCGUCUUGGCUCCGCCGCGGCAAUUCAGUUCCUCAUGAACGUCAUCCCGCCCAUGUUCGCCUCACCCAUCGGUGCACGAAUCAUCGCCGGGACGUCUAGUGCGAACGGGAUCUCCCAGGACAGCCGCGAAGCGUACAAGUACCUGAUCGUGUUCUGUGCGCUCGCGCCCAUGGUAGCGUCGCUUCUCCUUGUGCCUGUGCGCCUGCACUUCAGCAAGAAGCUGUUCGCGAAGGUGUAAGUAUGAAAACGGUACAUCCACUCUCCUUGGAUAUCGGACGCGGUCGUCGUAUGGACUAUCUACGCGAUGCGCAGCAAACAUUCAGUAGAACGCAUCUCAAGAUCCGGGCUGCGUGGUUUGGAACAUUUGCAUGGCUCCUCUCGCACAUUUCACAUAGAGAAACACGAAUCCGCAUGUACAGCACGAACUAUCCUUAGUCCCUUCCUAUUAUAAUACUUCAGCAAUUGACGGAUGUCCAUACUCCAUAGUGCGUACC